CUCGUCGCCUUCUUUCCGUCCAUCCAAUCCUCGGCGGCGGCGGCGGCGGAGGAGAGGGCCAGAGAUGUCGUCCUCGGGGACGACCGCGCAGCAUCUGCCGCGGACGGAGGCGCGGUCACUGUCGGGGCACGAGGGGGCGGUGCUCGCGGUGCGCUUCAACCGCGACGGCAACUACUGCCUGAGCUGCGGCAAGGACCGCACCCUCCGCCUCUGGAACCCGCACACCGGCGCCCACGUCAAGACCUACAAGUCCCACGCCCGCGAGGUCCGCGACGUCCACUCCUCCUCGGAUAACGCGAAGCUGGUGUCCUGCGGCGCCGACAGGCAGAUUUUCUACUGGGACGUUGCCUCGGGCCGCGUCAUCCGCAAGUUCCGUGGUCACAACAGCGAGGUCAAUUCAGUGAAGUUUAAUGAGUAUAAUGCUGUUGUAGUCUCAGCUGGUUAUGACCGUACGGUGCGUGCAUUUGACUGCAGGUCACAAAACAGUGAUCCUAUUCAGACUAUUGAUACUUUUCAAGAUAGUGUAAUGUCAGUUAACCUAACAAAGACAGAAAUAAUUGCGGGCAGUGUUGACGGUACUGUUCGGACAUUUGACAUUCGCAUGGGUAGGGAGACUGUUGAUAAUCUGGGGCAUCCUGUGAACUGUAUAUCGUUAUCAAAUGACAACAAUUGCCUUUUGGCUAACUGUUUAGAUUCUACUGUGAGGCUUCUAGACAAGUCAUCAGGAGAACUGUUGCAGGAGUACAAGGGGCAUGCGUGCAAGUCCUUCAAGAUGGAUUGCUGCCUGACAAGUGAUGAUGCAUUUGUUGUUGGCGGAUCUGAGGAUGGCUAUGUUUUCUUCUGGGAGUUAGUGGAUGCACCUGUUGUUGCAAGAUUCAGGGCACAUAGUUCUGUGGUAACCAGCAUAAGUUACCACCCAACGAAGGCCUGCAUGUUGACAUCUUCUGUGGACGGCUCUAUUCGUGUUUGGACCUGAAGACUCGAAUUGCUGAUGUGUUACCCGUACUGUUCCUCCAAAUCAUCCAAUUAUCUCGCAGCAAUGGUAAAUGGUGGAUGCGUGUUGUAACCAAAUUGGAUUCCUGUACACUGUGUUGGUGUGCCGUUAAGAGAAUGUGCAACCGUUGAACCUAUUUGCCAAGCACAAAAUGUUCGAAGGCGGUAUUCUGACAUGCACACCAAUACACGCUUGGCAAGCCUCUUAGAUGAUGGAAGACACAAGUUGUGAGUUUCAUGGACAAGAUAACACUGAGAAGUCUCUUGGUGCGAGCGUCAUAUUGUCUUCAUUUGUAAGUACUGCUGCUUUCCAGUUGUUAGGCAGGUAUACGUAGGGGUGGUAAUGGAUCAUGACCUCCUAGUGCUCUCUUCAUGAUUCACGAUUCAAUUCACGAUCCAACUUGAUUUUUAUAUAUUUUUAACUUGAAAUCGUAUAAGAUAAGAAUUCAGUCUUUUUAA